GCUGAGCAGCUGAUGAGAUCACUCAUCAGAAAUGGCUGCCACCGGAGUGCUUCCCUUUAUACGGGGGGUAGACCUCAGUGGGAACGACUUUAAAGGAGGCUAUUUCCCUGAGCAUGUCAAAUGCAUGAGCAGCCUGCGAUGGCUCAAAUUGAACAGGACAGGACUUUGUUACCUCCCAGAGGAGCUCUCCUCUCUGCAGAAGCUGGAGCAUCUUUCAGUGAGCCACAAUAGUUUGACUACCUUACAUGGGGACCUCUCCAGUUUGCCAAACCUGAGGGCUGUGGUUGCCCGUGCCAACAAUCUAAAAAACUCAGGAGUCCCAGAUGACAUCUUUCAGCUUGAUGACCUCUCUGUGCUGGACCUGAGCUACAACCAGCUGACUGAGGUCCCCAGAGACCUGGAGAACAGCAGGAACAUGCUGGUGCUCAACCUGAGCCACAAUGGCAUCGACUCAAUCCCCAACCAGCUGUUCAUCAACCUGACAGACCUGCUGUAUCUCGACUUGAGUGACAACAAGCUGGACAGCCUGCCACCCCAGAUGAGACGUCUUGUUCAUUUGCAGACUCUCAUCCUCAACAACAACCCGCUGAUGCAUGCACAGUUGCGCCAGCUGCCUGCCAUGGUGGCAUUACAAACUCUCCACCUGAGGAACACCCAGAGAACACAGAGCAAUAUGCCCACAAGCUUGGAGUGUCUGAUGAAUUUAGCAGAUAUUGACCUGUCUUGUAAUGACCUGACUCGGGUACCAGAGUGCCUCUAUUCACUGGGCAGUUUGAAGAGACUCAACUUGAGUAGCAAUCAGAUAUCUGAACUGUCGCUCUGCAUCGACCAGUGGACCCAACUCGAAACACUGAACCUUAGCCGCAACAUGCUCACCUCAUUGCCUUCGGCUAUCUGUAAACUGUCCAAAUUGAAAAAGCUCUACAUGAACUCCAACAAACUGGACUUUGACGGAGUUCCACCUGGCAUGGGCAAAUUAUCCAAUCUCACAGAGUUCAUGGCGGCUAACAACAACCUGGAACUCAUCCCUGAGGGACUCUGUAGGUGUGGCAAGCUGAAGAAGCUCGUCCUGAACAAAAACCGCCUUGUGACGCUGCCAGAGGCUGUCCAUUACUUGACUGACUUGGAGAUACUGGAUGUGCGCGAGAACCCCAACCUGGUCAUGCCUCCGAAACCAGUUGAUCGGGGUGCCGAGUGGUACAACAUUGACUUCUCCCUGCAAAACCAGCUACGACUGGCUGGAGCCUCACCUGCCACUCUAGCCGCUGCUGGAGGAGGGGCCAGCCCCAAAGAUCCCCUGGCGAGGAAAAUGAGGCUAAGGAGGAGGAAAGAUUGUUCCCAGGACGAUCAGGCCAAGCAGGUGCUGAAGGGCAUGAGUGAUGUCGCACAAGAAAAGAAGAACCUGGAGGAAGAUGGAGAUUUGAAAUAUGGAGAUUUAAAGGUCCGGCGCUGGGAUAAGAGUCUGGAAAAGCCUCAACUGGACUACUCAGAGUUCUUUAUGGAUGCCGCAGGGCAGGUCCCAGGUGUGAGCGUGUGGCAGAUAGAGAAUUUUGUUCCCAUGCAAGUAGAUGAAACGUUCCAUGGGAAAUUUUACGAGGCCGACUGCUACAUUGUCCUCAAGACGUUUUUGGAUGACAAUGGUGCGUUGACCUGGCAGAUCUACUACUGGAUUGGCCAGGAAGCCACGCUCGACAAAAAGGCUGGCUCCGCCAUCCAUGCUGUCAACCUCAGGAAUUUCCUUGGAGCGGAGUGCAGGACAAUAAGGGAAGAGAUGGGAGAUGAGAGCGAGGAGUUCAGUGAAGUGUUUAACAAUGAGAUCUCGUACAUCGAGGGAGGCACUGCCAGUGGAUUCUACACGGUGGAGGAUACACACUAUCCUGCCAGGCUAUACAGAGUUUAUGGAAAGAAAAACAUCCAACUCGAGUCUGUACCUGUGAAGUCUUGCUCUCUUGAUCCACGCUAUGUGUUCUUAUUAGACACUGGACUGGAAAUCUUUAUCUGGAGAGGAGCCAACGCUACGCUGAGUGGCACCACAAAGGCCAGGUUAUUUGCAGAGAAGAUCAAUAAUAACGAGCGUAAGGGGAAGGCAGAGAUCACAACUCUAAGGCAGAACCAAGAGCCUCCAAAUUUCUGGGAGUUUCUGGGAGGACAACCGGAGGAGAUCAAGAAACACGUUCCAGAUGACUUCACAGCCAUCAGAACCAAACUAUACAAGGUGGGUUUGGGUCUUGGCUACCUCGAGCUUCCACAGAUUAACUACAAGCUGUCUGUUGAGCAUAAAGACCACAAGAUCAAACUGGACACACUGCCAGAGCUCAGACUGCUGCAGUCGUUGCUGGACACCAAGUGCGUGUACAUUCUGGACUGCUGGUCUGACGUGUUCAUCUGGAUCGGGAGGAAGUCUCCCCGACUCGUCCGAGCUGCAGCCUUGAAACUGGGUCAGGAGAUUUGCUCCAUGUUACACCGGCCCAAACACGCAAGUGUCACCCGAAACCUUGAGGGCACCGAAUGCCAGGUGUUUAAGUCCAAGUUCAAGAACUGGGACGACGUUCUGAAGGUGGACUACACCAGAGCUGCGGAGACGGUGCAACAGAAUUAUAACCUACAGGGAAAGGUGAAAAAAGACACCGAGCAGAAGGACCAGAUGAAAGCCGACCUCACAGCACUUUUCCUUCCUAGGCAACCGGCCAUGCCUCUCACAGAGGCAGAGCAGCUGAUGGAAGAGUGGAACGAGGACCUGGAUGGCAUGGAAGGAUUUGUGCUGGAGGGCAAAAAGUUUGCUCGUCUUCCAGAGGAGGAGUUUGGUCACUUUUUCACUCAGGAUUGCUACGUCUUCCUCUGCAGAUACUGGGUGCCUGUGGAGUACGAGGACGACGAGAAGAAAGAAGGCGAAGACAAAGGCAGACAGGAUGAGGAGGACAAACAGCCGGAGGAAGACUUCCAGUGCGUAGUGUACUUCUGGCAGGGCCGACAAGCCUCCAACAUGGGCUGGCUCACCUUCACCUUCUCUCUGCAGAAGAAGUUUGAGAGCCUCUUCCCGGGAAAACUUAAGGUGGUCCGUAUGACCCAGCAGCAGGAGAACCUCAAGUUCUUGUCCCAUUUCAAAAGGAAGUUCAUCAUCCACAAAGGGAAGAGGAAACAGAAGACUGACUCAGCACAGCCCUCCCUCUACCACGUCCGCACCAACGGGAGUGCACUUUGCACCAGAACCAUCCAGAUCGGAACAGACUCCAGCAAUCUCAACUCUGAGUUCUGCUUCAUUCUCAAAGUCCCCUUCGAGAGCACAGACAACCAGGGCAUCGUUUACACUUGGGUGGGCCGAGCCGCCGACCCGGACGAGGCUAAGCUGGCCGAAGACAUCAUGAACAGCAUGUUUGAUGACACCUACAGCAAACAGGUGAUCAACGAGGGGGAGGAACCAGAGAAUUUCUUCUGGGUCGGCAUCGGUGUUCAGAAGCCGUACGACGAGGAUGCGGAUUACAUGAAAUAUGCUCGUCUCUUCAGGUGUUCCAAUGAGAAGGGUUAUUUCUCAGUGUCGGAGAAGUGCUCUGACUUCUGCCAAGACGACUUGGCUGACGACGACAUCAUGUUGCUGGAUAACGGCCAAGAGGUGUACAUGUGGGUCGGUACUCAGACGAGCCAGGUGGAGAUCAAACUGAGUCUCAAAGCCUGUCAGGUGUACAUCCAGCACAUGCGUUCCAAAGACACCCAGCAACCCAGAAAACUGCGACUAGUGCGCAAGGGAAACGAGCCGCACUGCUUCACACGCUGCUUCCAUGCCUGGGGGGCUUUCAAAACUCCCCCAGCGUAAACUUUCAAGCUGCCAACUUCCUCUAUUGCAGCGUGUCCCAAACCUUUUCAGCUGAUCAAUAUUACAAGUUGGGGUUACAAACAAAAAUAUCAUGUACGGCUAUACCACUAAUAGUAUAUCAAUUAAUGUUAGAACAACAAACAAUCAAAAAGUAAUUUGCCAAGAAAUUGUGCCUGCUUACAGCAUUUUAUUCGAUCUGAUAAAAGACGGCAUUCUGGUCUAUUGAGAUGAAUGCCAUCUGGGAAACAACGCGGCUUUACUAGGUCAGAACAUGCCAAGUUGUUUGAAUCCUAGUACAUGGAAUAAAUAUGCUAAUGGCCCUUCCAUAGACUAGUCUUCUGUUAUGUGAUUUUUAACAGAUUAUUUGCAGCACAUCUGCCUACUGCUGAGAAUGUUUGGAUGACACUUAUGCUGUAAAUGCUUGGUGCCAUUUUGCACAGCUCAUCUGAAGCUCAUAAUUUUUCCGUGGAGAAUUUUAAAUGGGCUUUUCUGUGGAAUGUUUUUUCUACGUACUUGAUACUGUAUACCGUACACUGAUCGAUGGUAAUGCUGCACCCCUCAUUCCUUAUUUUAGCCAGCAUGCCAUGCACACAUCAUGAGAUCCUUUUGGGUGAUCCAGUGUGCAAUCAUUAGAACCUCUUCUUAUUCACUCGGACGAAAGUUGCUUUCAUGGCGCUUUGCAAGCGAAAACCACCACGAAAGAUUUUACGGGUUUAAAAUCUACAGAUAUUUUAAAUGGAAGCUCAUAUUGUAUGACAGCUCUAAAUAUACAAUUGUGUAUGAGUCCCACACGCUCCUGAUGCCACCUGCAGAUGCUUUAUUUAUGUAUUUUAUAUUAUAAAAAAUAAAAUCUCA